AUGUUUCCUCCAGACAAUUUGCAACUUGUGCUAAAACAUUUUUCCCAGAGCGGACCAGUUUCUUCAUCUGAUGAAGAUAGCUCUCAAACUUGAAUGCACUGCAGUUGUCAAGGCUGCCAAAGUUUUGGGCAUCUUCUGCAAGGUGCAGCAAGGAAUGGACAUUGUAAACUAAAAAUGUCUCCCCAUAUAGCUCCCGUCCUCUCUCCACAAAAUAUUUCAGCAGCUGGUUUGCAUAAGGCCCUUGUGCCUUUGUAAGAUCUGGGCUUACUAAAAUACAAAGAGCCAUGCUGAAACACAAAAAGUGUUCGUACAGCUGAUCUUGUAGGACUCCCUUCAGAACGAUCUUCUCUGUGUACAGAGCAAACUGUCUGAACUCUGUUGCUUUCCAACGUUCAAUUUCCUGCAAGCCCCUUGGCUUCCUGGCAAAGCAGUCAGGAAUAGAUUUCUUUAGUGUCACCAGCCUCUCGCUUACACGGGUCACAUCUCCUGAUGGAAACCUCUUCUACCUCUUGUCCACAACAGCAGCAACUUUUUCAUUACCCCAAGACAGCUCUGGUGCAUAUAAUCUAUGGGGAAUUAUUUGAUCAUGUCAAUUGGGAGGACAGAGAAGGGUGAGAUCUGCUCUUCUUGAUGGUGUUCAGGUUGCCAGCACUCCCUGAAUGAUUCAUCUGUCCUCAUGGUCAGGUUAUUUGUUUCAGGAUAUAUCAUCCGACCAUCCCAGGAUCCCCUCUGUUUGCAUCUAUCGCACCCAUAGUAUCCAGAAAACUGCUUUACACAUUUGACCAUAGUUUUUGCUGGAGCAUCACAGGUAACACAUCUUAGUUGGAUGUUUAAGCGUUUGCCUCCCCAGGUCAGACCAUCCUGGAUUAGUUCUGCCAAUUCCUGAACAGUGUCAUUGACAAAGUUUACACUCUAAAAAAUGCUGGGUUAUUUUUUCUACCCAUUCGCUGGGUUAAAUAUUUUAACCUAUUUUGCUGGGUUAUAUUCUCGGUAAUGGCUCAUAUUGACCCAGCGUUUGGGUUCCUUGGUUGCCACAAAGUGCACUUGGAAUAUUUGACCCAGUGCUUGGGUUAUCUCCUCAUCUCCUCGCGCUGUUCAAAGCCAAAACGUAACGGUCGAGAGGAGGACGACGUUGGACAGUAUAUGAGUAAAGGUGAGUGAUGAUAUUUGUUUUGCUAUAAAUCUAUAAAACUAGCUUUAUUUCAACUAGUGAGCAGUAUGAUAUUUUUGGGAUUUACAAAAUUAAGGAAAAAGUGACCAUUCAAAAAUUAUGAACACUCUGAGGUUGUAAUCGCGUCGUGGCCGUUACUCUUCGGGUGCCCGUUAAUGACAAUAAUUCAAUAGGCCAGCAUCAAUUAUUCAGUUUAAUUCAUGGUUACUGCAUUUCAAGAUGUAGUUUUUUAUUUAUUUAUUUUUUUAAUAUUUAUUUAGACAUAUUCAUUUUUUCGUCUUAAAUGCUCUAGUGGUUGUAUAAAACAGGUUAUUUCCAUACUGCGUUUUUCAGCCUUAUCAAACGAUGAAGUUAUAUGAUGAUAAGAUGAAAAAAUAUCAGGCCACAAUGAAACCGUUAAGUAAACCAAGGAAAGAGGAUUCAGAAAAGUAAGGUUUAGGCAGACGACUCACUACAACCAAAGUGCAGUACCCGCCCCCAUAACCUAGCAACCCCGGCACCUGCUGUGUAACAACCAAUGACCAGCAUACACGUCAUAUCAUCAUCAUCACAAAAGGGGUGCAAUAUGUUUUAUUAAACACGAAAUAGUACACUUAAAAACCCUGACAAUGUUGAAUUGUUAGGCAUAUUACAUAUCUUUGAGAAUAGCUGAAAUAGACAAAAAAAAACAAAAAAAAAAAAAAACAACAACAACUAGCUAGCAAGACACACAACAGUGCCAGCUAGGUUUGGUUAGCAGUAGCUAGCUAACCUAGUCAAGAUAUUGCUAAUCAAAUGUUUCCAUGUGUUUUUGUACAGCAAUGGACAUUUUUGUGGAACAAAAACUCACCAACUGGAAUCUUGAGUGCCUCGUUGAAAAAUUUGCAGAACAGUAUCCCACCACAGCACAGCACUGCAUAUGAAAAUGCGCAGGCCACCAUUGCAUCUGAAAUUGCACAGCCCAACACUGCAUCGGAAAAUACACAGCCAACAUUUGUCCUUAAUCUUUUUCAAGAUGACAUGUUUGUAUGUUUCCUGACAACUAGGAAAAGCAUGACUACUGACAACUAUUUUUAAUUUGUUGUCAGUACCUUUUUGUAAAGUAACAUUUCCUAUUUGCAUUCAGUAAGAUACUGUAGUUUACUGACAACUCUGCUAAGUACCAGGAUAUCCGUGCAAUACUGAUGAAAGCACCACAUGGACCCUCCAUUGUGGAGAGUCUAGAGAGUAAUAAAAUUACCACCAAGCAAAGGCGUGCAAUGGUGCGAAUUACUGUUUCUUAUCUUAUUGAGAAAUAUGGCGAAACACCAUCAACAGAGACCAAAAAGGCAAUGGCCAUGUCUCUAGUAGAGACAUUUCCCUGUCUCCGUGACCCUGAAGGAAAUGGCUUUGAGGCCUGGUUCAGCCAGGGGCGAAAACACAGGCCUUCCACAGGAUUUCUUGAGGAGCGGCUUCGCAACAUAAGAAAGAGGAUGCGGAGAUUAAGAACACAGCCCUCCGUAGUGCCUGUCUGUGAGGAGAGGUUGACUUUCAUUCCUACAUCAGCUUUGUCUACUGAGAGAGCAAUUCAGUUAAAAGAAUGGCUAAAAAACAAUACCAGACCACAGGACCAGGUUGAGCAGUAUAUGAAAGCAACUGCUCUUUUUAGGGCUCACUGGAUUCGCCAGAACAGCUCCAAACCAAUAUCUGAGAUUUUAUCAGAGUUCCCUCGUCUAAUGGAUACCCCAGGCAUGAUAUCUCAAGACUUCAGAGUACUUCACCCUGAUGCUGCUGACAAAUUGUGCUCAUCCUGGUUGCCUGACUUUGCUGACAAGAUCCUGGCCUUUGCUAAAAGAGAUGGACGACAAAUGGAUUUACUGAAUUUAGACAACAUAUCUGCAGAUAUCAAAGGCACCAUGGCACUGAAAAUUUUACCUCAGAUCAUUCCACCAUCAGUGUACAAGACUGGCAACAAAACCUUCCGGCCAACUAUUGAGGAAGCCAGAACCUCUUUCAUUGAUGUACAACCAUCUGGAACCAACAUGGUGCAGUACCUACAAAAACAGAGGGAGGAGAAGACCUUCCCAUUUGUCUUAGAACUUGGAGUUGGUGGACAGUUUUUUGUGGUGGUGAAUGGGGAAGCCCUAGAAGAGCAGACUCUCCUCAAGGCAGUAGAUGUUUGUUUUAAGUCCUUUUUUUGCUUUGACACCCACUUUCCAAAACAGUGUGCCCUUGCCUGGGAGUUUUUGCAGCAGGUAGUUUAUGAGAUGCCUGGUUCUGAAAAUUCAACAAUUCGCUUUUUGCGUGCCUCCAUUUAUGCUGCUGAGGACUAAAUUCUUUAUUAAACUAACUAAUGCAGGUAUUUUGUAUCCAUGUAUGUAUAUAUUUGUAUUUAUUUAUUUAUUUGGUGUAUUGUGAAUUGAUUUGCUACAGUUUAGUAAUUAAUGUACAUUCUUAAUAAUUAAAGCACUGCCUUGUUCUGAAAAUUUAAUUAAACACUGUUUGAAUUAUUUGAUGCUGGACUAAAUAAAUUAAAUGUUAAA